AUGCUUCACGGCGGGGAGUGGCUCGUCAAAAAGUACACGUCGCUUGCACGGCCUGCGACGGGCAACCAGACGCUCGAGACGACCAUUGCGACGCUCGCCUCGAGGUUGCAGGAUGUGGAACCGACCAAGGGCGAGGAUGGACAAGCGGCGCCGCCCAUGCCCACGUUGCAGGAUCGCAAAGCCGCCGUCCUGACGCUCAAGGGCCUUGCCCGUGAUCAUCCUGUCGAGGUGGGAGCCAAAGCACUCCCAGCUAUUCUCGAGAGCCUCGCUCGCGACGCACCUCAGGAUGACGAGAUGGCGCGUUCUAUUGUCGAGGCAUGCCUUACCCUCUGCGAGGCUGCCCCGCAGCCUGGUGGGCCCUCGUCAAUGGGGCACGUCUUGGGCCACGUCGAGGAAUUCUUGGCCUCACCUAAGCCCUUGCACGCGCUCCUGCCGCUCUUGUCGCCCUCUCGGUCCUUUUACACGCGCUUUUCUUCUCUGCAGCUGUUAGGACUCUUACUGAGGACUAGUGCUGAACGGGUGCAGGAGCACGUACUCACUGCUCCAGGCGGUUGCGGCGCCGUCCUCGAGUGCCUGUCCGAAGGGUCCGGGUCCAGCGCCGAAAUUGUCCGAAACGAGGCGCUGCUGCUCCUUCCCCACCUCGUCAACGCCAAUGCCGACAUUCAAAAACUCGUCGCGUUUGAAGGCGCCUUCGAGAAGCUCCUCGAUGUCGUCGCACUGGAAGGAAGAAUCGAAGGAGGUGUCGUGGUUCAGGAUGCCUUGGAGGCACUUGAGGCGCUGCUGAGAUACAACGUCUCCAACCAAAACUACUUCCGGGAGACCCUGUCGGUGCCCAUGCUUGCCCCCCUUCUCUUUUACCCUCCCCCUCCUCAAGCCGGAAACCCUCAAGCUGAGCAAGAACACGCAAGACAGCUCGAGGCCUUUGCCUUCCAGCAGUGGUACCCUCCGAUCAACGAUGAGGAGCAAUUAGGACCCGACGGGAAGCCAUUGGGCACGCCACUGGAAGUUGACGAGCAAAAAGUCAUCAAUGCCAGUCUCGUUGUAGGCGUCGCUGGCCUCCUUGUCGAGGGACAGGGCGAAGGAAGGAAGCAGAAUCAAGCUGCCUUGCUCAACAGCGGCUUCACAAAGUGCCUCUUCGAACUGUCGCUCGCCAGUACAGCUCCUCUGGCUCUCAAGGCCCAGGCUCUCAACGUCCUCUCUUCGCUCCUUCGAGCACAUCGCAGCAGCCAGGACCUUCUCAGCAAUCUGCUUGUCUCUCCUAUUCUCGUGAUCAGCCCACCUCCUGACGCAGAUGGAGAGCCGACAUACACUCGGCUGCCUCCACGACCCGCUGUGCUCGAGCUGAUCGGAUCGGCUGUCAAUGGACCCUCUGCUGUGGGAAAAUCUUCGAAUCCCGGCGCUAAGCUGGCAUUCAGGGCCGCAGCGUUGAGCUGCUUCGAUGCCUUUGUAGCCGACAAUGUCGACGCCCGUCUGGCUAUCAUUAGCAGCAUGACUUCGGGAGGCGAAGACAACAGCGGCGUUUUGCUACUGGAGGGCCUUGCCCAAUUCCCACAAGCCUCUCCAAAUGGUCAAUUCGACGGCUACAAGCCUCUCCUCAGCGCACUUCUCUUUGCUCACCUCGUUCGAGGAAGUGAGACGGCCAAAAAGGAGGCCCGAGGUAUCAUCUUUGGUCCUGACGGCAAGCCCAUCGGCAAGGAAGACGAACAGACCAAGAAGAGCACCGAAGACGACGAUGACAAGUCUAGCUUGAUCCAAGUCAUCGUUGGAAACCUGACGAUGGCGACUCGCGAGCACGGCGAAGCGACUCGACGUGAGCGCGGCGUGGCUGGAGGUGCCUCGGCCAGAGCGGCUGCCCACGCCGGCAACGGGUCCCCCACUGACUGGAGCAGAAUCACCGUCGGCUACCUCCUCGUCCUGGCCACAUGGCUGUGGGACUCGAAAGAAAGCGUGUGGGAUUUCCUGAGCGAGAGCGCCAACCUGCAAGUCCUCAUCCAACCCGUGGCGCAGGCCGGUGGAAACACGGAUGCCCUUGUUUCGGGUCUCUGCGCUCUGGUGCUGGGCAUCGCGUACGAAUUCGGUCCUUCUUCUGGCAAGAAAGACGGCGAAAAAGAAGGAGACAGCGAGGAAGACGCCGUCACGAGGGCGACGAUGCACCCCAUCUUGCAUUCGAGGAUCGGUCCAGAUCAAUUUGCGGCGCGCCUUCACAGACUCCGCGACGACGCCAGAUUCAAGGCUGUGGCACCCGACGUCCUCGAAACCGUCAGUCUCGGCAUGGGCGGCUAUUCUGGCGCGGCCUCGGUCGCUGCUCGAACUAGGGAAGGCGGCGCCACCGCUGCUGGUCUCUCUACUGGAGCGCCAGGAUCUGGACCUGCUGCGCCUGGCGGAGCACCGAGUGGCGAUCCUUCCGACGAGCAAGAGGGCGGCCUCUGGUUCGAUUGGCCCUUUGUUGACUUUGUCAAGAGCAAUUACGUCCUUAUCCAAAAGUCUAUCCUUAGCGCCGAACUUCUUGAUGCGCAGCGUCAGGCAGAGCAGCUGCGCGAGAGCCUCGAGCGGAGGCUCAAUGAAGAGCGCAAGCGGGCUGACGAAGAACGCAACAGCCUCGUGGGAAAGCUAGAGGCGCUGCAGGAAGCCGAGGGAAAGAAGGCCGAUGAAGAGAGGAAAAAGGGCGAAGAGCAGCGGAGCAAGAGCAGGAUCCAGGAAGAAGCCAAGAGGGAGAGGGAAAAGAUUCAAAAAGAGGCGGAAGAGCACAAGAGGAACCUCGAGAACGAGAAGAAGGAGAGAGAGAAGCUGCCCAUCAACGGAGCUGCUUCUGCCGCAACCGCCACCGCUGCGGGAGGCGACAAGGAUGCAGAGCUGGAAAAGGAGCUCGAAGAUCUGCUCAUUCUCCUCGAUGAGCUCUCGACAAAGCGCAAGGCAGACAAAAAGCGCAUGCGGGAAAAGGGCAUGGAAGUGAGCGAGGACGAAGAGGACGACGACGAUGAUGACGGCGACGAUGUCGAUUAG